GAACAUCCGAUAGACUACACACAUACACACAAAUCUGAAUUGAUUAUUAAAUUAGACAUAAGACAAGGGGGACAAGUGUGUGCGUGUCUGUGUGUGGAGCAUGUUUGAGAUGAUAUCCAAAAGUGAUAUUAUAAACUUUGGUCCACCUCAAUCAUUCUGACUGGCAAGGUAAAAAAAUGCUGUUUUUAUCUAGUGUUUUUGUAAGAAAAAGAAGCUAGGUGAAUAAUUGUCUUUGUUCAAUAAGUUUUCCUGGGUCAUUCCUCUAUUUGUGUACGGCAAGAGCACACGCUUCAGCUCGCUUCCUAAUUGGCUAUCAUGUUCCGUCUCACUUCCCAAUUAAAAAGUCUGUAGCUCAGCCAAACUUGGCCUUGACCACACAGAAGGAUUUGCGUUUGCAAAUAUAGAACAGGGUUAACAGUUACAAAUAGCAGUUCCAAGUUUUCUGAGCAGGGUGGGGAGAGAGAAAAAUCUUUACAGACCCCAUAACCACAGGAUAGUAGCUCAAGAUCAUCUUUUCGAGACAGUCAGUAAUCUGUCCUUUACUGGCUUAUUUAGAAAAGCUGAAUUUUGGUCUGAUUGUUCCUCACUUUAGCUGAUAGAUUUGCCAAAGUAUUUUUGGGCAAGGCUGUCAGGCUGGCCCAUCAUUUAAUUUGUGAGUGUUGUGUGUCGCCAAAAUCGGACCCGACUUAAGGAUUGUGUCACCUGAUCUCGCUCUGUUGCUAAUAGGCAGCAUUCGUCCCGCUGCAUUUGACCGUGUUGAUGUUGCUUAACACCAUGGCGACAAAACAUAUUGAGGUGGCGGAAGCGUGGGAUUGCUUACCAGUGGUGACGUCGAUUCAGAGAUGCUGAUCACAACCUCAACUAAUGAAAUUCAGAAUAUAAUAGUCAUUAUCUCAUGUCUUUGUUUUCUCACUUGUAGAUAAUGUGGGUCCCUUCCCUUCUUCCCACACUCUGUUUUUUGUUGCAAACUCUUAAUCGCUCUGUGCCCCUUAGCAAUCAUCUAAGCUUAAAACCCCACAUUCAUUUUUGUCUCCAAUGGCCUUCCCUCUUUCAUAGUUCUCUUCUAAUUUUGGCUCUGUUCACUAACUCAUUUAGAAAAAAACUGAGAUAUCAAAAUAAACUUAAAGGUGCAAUAAAAACCACAUCUUUUGGCACAUUUUAUAUUUUCAAAAGAAGAAGGAGGAAAUCGAUCUACCACUUAGCCUUUAAAUAUAUAGUUUUCAAAUUUUAUGUCUAUAUUAAUAUCUUGGGUCGUUCAAGGCUACCUUAGCCGACUUUGUCUGAAAGUCAAUCACAAUCAGGGCACUUAUAGCGACAGCAACCAUUCUCACUCACAUUCACACUGUCACUGAGUGGGAAUUGGAUAUAUGCUGCCUGCACAUAAAUCAGCAAAGUGAAACAUUACACCAAGAGGGACAUUUUUGGAAGUGUGUUUCUUUCUUUAAAACGUUGAUGUCAUAUUGAAAGCAGUGCUUCAGAUUCCUCCAUCAAUCCUACUCAGCCAAUUCCAACUGAAUGGAGGAGUGUAUUUAGUCAUUUAGGGGCCCAAGGCAAACCCAAUCAUGUGGCAAGCACAUCCUACGUGUACUAUAAAGAUUUUGAAAAGGAAUCUUUAUGAGUGUGAAUUUGAGAAAAUGCUCCAAUUUCCUAUGGUAAAACAAUCCUGUGACGAAAAACGUUCCUAAUCCAGUUCAUCGCUCCUGCAUCCUUUUUGGUUGACACUGCCAGUCGUGCGACUGUACAAAAGGCAAUGUGGUGUCACCAUGAAAAAGGUUGAAACCUUUGCACUGCUUGCGGUCCUGUUGCUUUCUUGUCUUCCGCGCUCCACUGGGAAAACCCUAGAAAAACCUUAUCAAGGAGGGACGGCGGAGCAAUCCAAAUUAUUCCCAUUAAUCGAGUAUAGAUUAAAAAACCGGGGCAGAAUAUAACCACAGAUUUCCCAGGGAUCUUUAAGUGAGCUGAAAAUAGCUUUUGUGCCUUGUCCCCCAGGGUCAAGAGCAAUUCAUGCUAGUUUGAUUCUAAACAUGAAUGUAUGAUGGACUCGACCGUUUCAUUUUUUGGGUGAAAUUUGUUCAGAUUGUAUUUUGUGCACAUACAUUUAAUCUAAAUUGAGAUUGUUCACAAUCAUAGCAGAGUAAGAGGUUGUCGGUUUUCCAUUCUUUUUUUAUUUACAAGUUUUAUUUUUAUUUUUUCCUUAAGGGUCAAUUUAUAGUUCGCGGCUGAAAAAAGAUGUAGAAAUGGUCUGAACAAGGGUUUACUUUGGGUGAGUGAAAAAAUAACUUUGCAAAGAUCAAUAAUAAUUGGAUAGCUUUUAGUUUAAGUGUUAAAAAUAUGAUCCCUACCGUGCUCUUCAGCAUCAUGCGAGUUUAGAUCUUCAGUGAUAAUAACGUUGGGCUUUAGUCAUAAAUGUAGGCCACCACAUUGGUUUUAAAUAGGAGCAGGACAGCCCCUAAGGGUUGGAAACUGAUCACUGGCUUAAUUAUUGCUGCCAUAAAGCCGGCUGAAAUAAAAAGAGUGUUCUCAUUUAAGAUCAUUAUAUACUAAGAUGAUUUCACACUAAGGAAUCUGGUAGAUAGCGUGGAACAUACAGUAGCUUUAGACACAGCUAAAUACCAUGAUAUUAAAAAAAAAGUAACAUUUCCCCUCUUGUGUUACCACUCAGCUCAGUUGCUCUUUAUCAAAAAUAUGCAUGAUACUGUAUGAGUUUCAUAGUUGUAUUGGGAAUGAGUAUGUGUAGGUGGUGGGGCACAGAAUAAAAGCUUAAUUAGUCUCAUGGAGCAUGAAUCUGAUGUAGAAAGAAUAAUUAAAAAGAGGAUAUAGUUAUGAUUCAGUUCAAUUUGAUUACAGAAUAUGGCAUAUUGAGGCUGGGGAGUGGGAGGUUUUGGGUUUCCCUGCUCCCCUUGUGACCCGACCCCUGAUAAGUGGUAGAAAAUGGAUGGAUGUUACAAGAAAAGUGAUAUUCAGCAGAAACUAUAGAAAGUUCACACAGUGAACAAAUUAAGACCCCAAGUCAUUACAUACUACCCAGGUGCCGUUUAUUUCUAUUCACUACCUUUUAUUAAUUUAAAUAGAUAUGACAAUGAGUGAAAGGUAACAGGCCGUUUUCCCCCACAGCCCUAUCUUCUGGGUCUUUUGUGACUCUGUCCCACUUGCUGCAAACACAAAAUAACCACUGGUGUCUAUUCUUACAACUGUAAACACAGUCAGUCACGUUGCAUAAGCUCAGCUGACAUUAUUUCUGCCAGGCAGGAUCAAUUUUUCCACUCUUCUUACUGGACAAUCGACACAGCUGCCCCUUUGUUAGGCUUGAAACCACUGAGUGACUGAGAUUGUGUUUAAGGUGUAAUCUUUGUAUGUGAGGAAAAACGUCACAUUUUAUUUAAUUAUUUUCCUGGACUUACCUUUGUAUCACAGAAGCAAAUACACAUUUUUAAAAAGGUUUUAUUAUAUGCAUUUUCAAGGACUGUCAUGCAGACACACUGCUACAAGUUGUCAGAGUACAGUUUUUAUAACAGUAUUGUCCCCUCAAUAUUGUGCAACAUUCAACCAUUAACGUCAAAACCCUUGGCAACAAAAGUGAGUACACUUCUGAGUAAAAUGCUACUAUUUUUUCUUCCCAGUGCCAUUUUUUAUUUUAUUUUAUUUUAUUUGAACAAAAAUCGGUCAAGUCUUUUACUCAAGGAGAUGACACAAUCUUAAUUAAAUAUAUUUUUAGUGUUUUUCAGUAUCGGUAUUCAAUCUUUUAAAUCUAUUUUGACUGGCAACAUUCCUGCGGUCCCCCCCUUGCUAAAAUGAUUAUGACAAGAAUCUGCGAAACAACAAUUACAAUUUAGAAUUCCACAUUUGACAUUGCGUGUCUGAAACCAAAUCUCAUUUGCAAGAAUGACAUUUGUCCCAAGUCGUAAUCCUCUGGGGAACCAGACAUGAUUUCAUUGUCUAUUCCCAAUUAGAGGUCAGAGGUGUGAGACUCCAUGUUGUGCAAGUGUGUGUUUGUGUGCAUGUGUGAGACAGUGAGAGAGAGAGAGAGAGAGGGGGGGGGGGAUAAACAGAGCAGAGUAGAGGCUUCCCCCAUGAUAUUUUGUGGUUCACUUCAUUACAAAAACAUUGCCGCCAGACAGUGUGCAAAUGCGCUGAACAUUCUGUGCUUGUCUGUAUGUGUGUUAUCGUAGUGUACUUUGUUUAGGAAGAGGAGAGAUGGCGGUCUUUGCUGAAAAAAACCCCAACGAAAACAGGCGUAGAUGAAAGCAAUAAUUUAGAUUGGGGGUGAAUAUGUGUAAAUAAUAAUAACACCUUCAAGAAUGGCGCAUUCCAGAUGAGGAAGCUGAAAAUGGGUAGAGGAAAUGCUGGAGGAGAGUCAAGGGAGGAGAUCAGGAGUAAGUGACAGGGAGGGAAUACUGGGACACAAAAGGGGGAUGAUGGAGGAAGCGAGGGUGGGUGAGAGGAUGAGAGGAAGUAGGAGAGAAAAGGGGUAAAAGGAUAGCGAGAGAGAUAGAAAGAAAGAAUCAAAACAGAGUGAGAAUGAAAAGGGGAGGGAAGGAGUGAGGGAGAAAGGGAGGGUGGAAAAAAUGUCCCAGAUUCCCAGACCGUUUAAUAGGGAGCAAAAGCAAAGUGUGCUUCUAAUGCAGACUGGCUGUGCAGGGGGCAAAGUGACAGUGUGUGUGUGUGUGUAAAGUGUUGGGCGUGAAAGAGAGCACAGAGAGAUAGAGUGCAUCUAUGUGUUGCUCUCUUCAUCUGCAUGUGCAUAUUGAACACAUGUGACAGCCCUCUUUGGAGGGGCACAUGUGACAAUCAGCAGCUUCAUUAUGGACUUUUUCCACAUAAACUGGAAUUUUUGGCAUUUCUUCCUUUGAUUUUUUUUUUUUCCCCAAACAAGAGGAUUAAUCGAUGUGGGAAUACAUCCAAAGACACAUCACUCACUUUGCUUUGAGCCUUACUCACAUGCCCACCGCCGUGUGGGCGGUGGGCCUACCUGGAUUAUCCUCAGCGUGCGUGUUAGUGGGACCCGCUCACAGCAAACUUGGUUGAAGGACCGGAUCAAGUGAGAAGAUGUAUCUGUACAAAGCGACUUGCCCGGAUAUCCCCAACCCCAAGCAGAAGGCGUCCAGAAGGCAGAGCACGGUCCAGCAGGCCCAAGGCCUUGGUCAGGGGAGGCCGGUGGGUCAGACGUGUGCGGGAUCGGGCCAGCGAGCAUGCGUGCCUCUCAUGCUGUGGAGCGCCAACAAACCGCAGAAUACCAGAGAGCUCAAAAAGCUGGAGGAGUUUCUUAACUUCCACUCGCUGUCGCUGCACAACUCCAUUAAGAGCCAGACGGGCAUGGCGUACAGAAACCUUGGAAAGUCAGGACUAAGGGUGUCAUGCCUAGGACUUGGAACAUGGGUGACGUUUGGGGGUCAGAUAACAGAUGAGGUUGCAGAGCAGCUGAUGACCAUCGCCUACGAGAACGGGGUCAAUCUGUUUGACACAGCUGAAGUCUAUGCGGGCGGCAGGGCCGAAGUGAUUCUUGGAACCAUUAUCAAGAAGAAAUGCUGGAGGAGAUCCAGCUUGGUCAUUACAACCAAACUUUACUGGGGAGGAAAAGCAGAGACAGAGAGAGGCCUGUCUAGAAAGCAUAUUAUUGAAGGUCUGAAAGGCUCGCUACAAAGGAUGCAGUUGGAGUACGUCGAUGUCGUUUUUGCCAACCGCCCUGACACCAACACGCCAAUGGAAGAGAUCGUCCGGGCCAUGACCUAUGUGAUCAACCAAGGCAUGGCAAUGUACUGGGGAACAUCUCGAUGGACGGCCAUGGAGAUCAUGGAGGCGUACUCAGUGGCAAGACAGUUUAAUCUGAUCCCUCCGGUGUGUGAGCAGGCCGAGUAUCAUCUCUUCCAGAGGGAGAAAGUUGAAGUGCAACUGCCUGAACUUUAUCACAAGAUAGGAGUCGGAGCGAUGACUUGGUCACCGCUAGCGUGUGGCAUCAUCACAGGGAAAUAUGAGAAUGGUAUUCCUGAAUCUUCCAGGGCUUCCAUGAAGUCGUAUCAAUGGCUUAAAGAAAAAAUUGUGAGCGAAGAUGGGCGAAAGCAGCAAGCUAAGCUGAAAGAGCUCAACCAUAUAUCAGAGAAGCUGGGCUGCACGUUACCUCAACUAGCUGUGGCAUGGUGUUUAAGGAAUGAAGGUGUGAGUUCAGUCCUGUUGGGAACAUCCAACCCUGAGCAGCUCACAGAGAACCUUGGGGCCAUACAGGUCCUUCCCAAGAUGACGUCUCACGUGGUGUCUGAAAUCGACCACAUUCUGGGCAACAGGCCGUACAGUAAGAAGGACUACCGCUCCUAGACAUUGCUUGUAGGACCACCAAGAGGUCAAGGUUGCUCCAGACUUGUCAUGCUGCUACUACAGACCUGCUGUGGCCUGCCUGAGAUUGGAACAGACCCCGCAUUGCAUGUCUUGGUCGGUGUGAGCCGUCUUGCACGGUUCCACGAGGCUCACCUCAGGUGCAACCUGACAAGCCUCUCAUUGACGCUUUUAGUUUAGCUUAGUCAAAGUGGCCUGUUUACCAUCACUCCGGAACAUGUGGCGGAACAUGUGGCGCAGCCUGUUCAGGACAGUAUUCCUAGAGCAGGCGUGGGCAAACGUUUGUGCUCUAUGGCCACAUUUGAUUUUGAUUUUCAGGCCUAACAUGUACCGAGUGACGUUGCUGAUUGCAACACAAUUGGACAAUUGCAAACCAAUUGGUGGCACGCUGGCGAUUGACCCUGUCACCCCCACUGUUCUAAUUGCCACAUUGUAAAGAAAGAAGUAGAUUGCUGUGAUGGCUGUAGCUUGAUUAUAAUAACACAAAGAGAGGAAAUAGGCAAGAAAUAAAGACACAAGUGUGGAUAUUUAUAUACAAUAUACACAUACGAACUGUUUUGAUAUGGUGGCAGUCAUACGUACUUUCUUGAUUGCAUCUCGGAGUUGCCACGCCGUUCAUCUCUAAUUUUUUAAUCACAACAAAGAUGCUUGACCAAUAAUGAAAUUUUGUUUUAGAAUAUCCCACACGACAGUUCAGUUGCAUUUGUUCGCUUUCCUAAGUGUGCAACGAGUGGUCAUACGGGCCACGUCAUUAGUAGAUGAAGAAAGAAAAAGGUUACAAUGUGAAUGUAAAAUUAUGUAAAGAAAAAUAGUUGUAUUUUAAUAAUAAACAAUUCAUUUUCAGUUUUCGAAUUAGUAGUCCUGCAGUGGUUUGAAUGGCAAUUCUUAGUCAGUGCCACAAUACUCAGUCAGUGCCAGUCCCAAACUGGCAUAAACAUGUCGGGGUUGUGCCAGGAAGGUCAUGUUUUGUAAAAACUUUGCCAAACAAAUAAUACGAGUAACUUACUGUGGUGUCUGCUCAUGGGAAAACCCCAAAAUUGCAUCUUAAUUAGGUCAAUAAUAAUUUAGGGACUAACUCUUGAUUUUCCCACAAGAAUAAUUUAUAUCGGUAGUCCUCGGUACAAUUCUUUACAUGCUUUGUUAUGUUAUUAACGGUUACGUGAAUUGAAUGAGAUGCCAUUGAUUUGAUGAAUUAGAAUUUAUUUUAAUUCAUUAUUUUUUUUAGGGCAAACAGCUAAAUUAAUGCAGCAAAUAUUACAGGGUUACUCUUGGUCAUGUAAAUGAUUGGUGGGUUGGAUUAAAGAAAAGCAUACAUGGUUGUACAGUAUGUGUCCCACAUAUCAUACUUAGCCUAUCCAUGCUCUCAAGUGACGUCUCUAUGUAAGUAUGGUGAAUGGCAUAUCAGGAGCAUUUCAAGAAAAAGUGCCUUGCAUGAAAGUUAAGCCUCCAUGCAGAACAGAAGAUCCUGCAUUUGUCAUCCUUUGCUUUUCACACAGAAAAGAGCAAAGCACGAUAUUGGCAUGAUUGAGCUCGUUUUCAAAGACAGCUUACAAAACAGAAACAGUGAAUAUAAAAAGUCUUCAUACAACUAACUAACUAUAUAUAUAUAUAUAUAUAUAUAUAUAAUAUAACAUAAAAAAAAUUCUGGUCAUUUCAUGAUGCAAAGUUGCAACGACGUAAACAAGAAAUGUUAA